AUGGAGAACGCACACACGAAAGAGCCGGCAGAAUGCCUGUCCUAUUUCUCGGUGAAUGAAGCCACCGGCCUCAGCCCUGACCAGUUCAAGAAGAACCUGGACAAGUUUGGCUACAACGAGCUCCCAGCUGAAGAGGGGAAGUCUCUGUGGGAACUGGUUGCUGAGCAGUUUGAGGACCUGCUGGUCAGAAUUCUGUUGCUGGCCGCCUGCAUCUCAUUUGUGCUGGCCUGGUUUGAGGAAGGUGAGGAGACAGUCACUGCCUUUGUGGAGCCCUUUGUUAUCCUCCUUAUCCUUAUUGCUAAUGCCGUGGUGGGAGUUUGGCAGGAGCGCAAUGCUGAGAGCGCCAUUGAGGCUCUGAAGGAGUACGAGCCUGAGAUGGGCAAGGUUUACCGUGCUGACAGAAAGAGCGUCCAGAGAAUCAAGGCCAGAGAGAUCGUGCCCGGAGACAUCGUGGAGGUUUCCGUUGGUGACAAAGUCCCCGCUGACAUCAGAAUCACUGCUAUUCGAUCCACAACCCUGCGUGUUGACCAGUCCAUCCUCACUGGUGAGUCCGUCAGUGUGAUCAAGCACACCGAUGCCGUCCCUGACCCCAGAGCUGUCAACCAGGACAAGAAGAACAUGCUCUUCUCUGGCACCAACAUCGCCGCGGGCAAGGCCAUCGGCGUAGCUGUGGCAACCGGCGUCUCCACCGAGAUCGGCAAGAUCCGCGACCAGAUGGCCGCCACCGAGCAGGAGAAGACUCCCCUGCAGCAGAAGCUGGACGAGUUCGGCGAGCAGCUGUCCAAGGUGAUCUCCCUCAUCUGCGUCGCCGUGUGGGCGAUCAACAUCGGCCACUUCAACGACCCCGUCCACGGCGGCUCCUGGAUCCGUGGUGCUGUCUACUACUUCAAGAUCGCCGUGGCCCUGGCUGUGGCUGCCAUCCCUGAGGGUCUGCCCGCUGUCAUCACCACUUGCCUGGCCCUGGGUACCCGCCGUAUGGCCAAGAAGAACGCCAUUGUCAGAAGUCUGCCCUCUGUGGAGACCCUGGGCUGCACCUCCGUCAUCUGCUCCGACAAGACCGGCACCCUCACCACCAACCAGAUGUGUGUGACCAAGAUGUUCAUCAUUGAGAAAGUGGAGGACGACCAUGUCACCCUGGAUGAGUUCAACGUCUCUGGCUCCAAGUACACCCCUGAGGGAGAAGUUUCCAAGGGUGGUGCUCCAGUUAAGUGUGGUCAGUAUGAUGGUCUGGUUGAGCUGGCCACUAUCUGCGCCUUGUGCAAUGACUCCUCUCUGGACUACAACGAGUCUAAGGGCAUCUAUGAGAAGGUGGGUGAGGCCACUGAGACCGCCCUGUGCUGUCUGGUGGAGAAGAUGAAUGUGUUCAACACAGAGGUGCGCGGCCUGUCCAAGGUUGAGAGGGCCAACACCUGCUGCUCUGUCAUCAAGCAGCUGAUGAAGAAGGAAUUCACCCUGGAGUUCUCCCGUGACAGGAAGUCCAUGUCUGUCUACUGCUCCCCCGCUAAGGCAUCCAAGGCUCCCGUUGGCAACAAGAUGUUCGUCAAGGGUGCCCCAGAGGGCGUGAUUGACAGAUGCGCCUACGUCCGCGUUGGCACCACCCGCGUGCCCCUCACCGGCCCAGUCAAGGACAAGAUCAUGGCCGUCAUCAAGGAGUGGGGUACCGGCAAGGACACCCUGCGCUGCCUGGCCCUGGCCACCCGCGACAACCCCCUGAAGCAGGAGGAGAUGAACCUGGAGGACUCCACAAAGUUCGCUGAAUACGAGACUGACCUGACCUUCGUUGGCUGCGUUGGUAUGCUGGAUCCCCCCCGCAAGGAGGUCAUGGGCUCCAUUGAGCUGUGCAGGGCUGCCGGCAUCCGCGUCAUCAUGAUCACUGGUGACAACAAGGGCACAGCCGUGGCUAUCUGCCGUCGCAUUGGCAUCUUCGGAGAGGACGAGGACGUGACUGGCCGUGCCUUCACUGGCCGUGAGUUUGAUGACCUGCCCCAAGGCGAGCAGAGGGAGGCCGUGCGCAAGGCCUGCUGCUACGCCCGUGUGGAGCCCUCCCACAAGAGCAAGAUUGUGGAAUACCUGCAGAGCUUCGAUGAGAUCACUGCCAUGACCGGUGAUGGUGUGAAUGAUGCCCCCGCCUUGAAGAAAGCCGAGAUUGGCAUUGCCAUGGGCUCUGGCACGGCCGUUGCCAAGUCCGCUUCUGAGAUGGUCCUGGCUGACGACAACUUCUCUUCCAUUGUGGCUGCUGUAGAGGAGGGCAGAGCCAUCUACAACAACAUGAAGCAGUUUAUCCGCUACCUCAUCUCCUCCAACGUCGGAGAGGUCGUCUGUAUCUUCCUGACCGCUGCCCUGGGUCUGCCUGAGGCCCUGAUCCCCGUCCAGCUGCUGUGGGUGAACCUGGUCACAGACGGUCUGCCCGCCACCGCCCUGGGCUUCAACCCCCCCGACCUGGACAUCAUGGGCAAGGCUCCCCGCUCCCCCAAGGAGCCCCUCAUCUCCGGCUGGCUGUUCUUCAGAUACCUGGCAAUUGGAGGCUACGUCGGUGCCGCCACAGUCGCUGCUGCCGGCUGGUGGUUCUUGUAUGCUGAUGAUGGUCCCAUGGUGUCUUACCACCAGCUGUCUCACUUCAUGCAGUGCCAUGACGAGAAUGAAGACUUCACUGGCAUCGACUGCGAGGUGUUCGAGGCUGCCCCACCAAUGACCAUGGCCCUGUCUGUGCUGGUCACCAUCGAGAUGUGCAACGCCCUCAACAGCUUGUCUGAGAACCAGUCUCUGGUGCGCAUGCCUCCCUGGAGCAACGGCUGGCUGCUGGGAGCCAUGGGCCUCUCCAUGUCCCUCCACUUCAUGAUCAUCUACGUCGACCCCCUGCCCAUGAUCUUCAAGCUGACUCACCUGACGACCACUCAGUGGAUAGUGGUACUGAAGCUGUCUUUCCCCGUCAUCCUGAUUGAUGAGGUGUUGAAGUUCGUUGCUCGCAACUACCUGGAUGAGAGAGAUGAGAAUCUAGUGGCGAAGAAAUGGGAAUGAAAGACAGAGGAGGAGGAAAAAAAAGAGGGAUGAAUGAGGCCCUCCAGAGAGCGAGAGCCCAGUCAGUCACUAGAAGAGCAGGGAAUAUGACAACUUGAACAUCCAGAACAAACAACGCAAAAUCCAUCUAAAAAAGAUAAAAACUUUCAAAAAAAGACAAAAACAAAAAAAAGACAACUUCUGUAUAUGAAAUAAGAUGAAGUUAAUAUAUAGGUGAAUCUUAUAAACACUAUAUUCUAAUAAUGACAAUUCUAUUCUUAAAAAGUAAAACUAUCUGUUAAAGAGAAA